UGAACGAGGCCAUGUCCUGUGACACUCGUGCUGUCAUGUCUAGUGUUGUCAAGAUUUAUGAGGAGGGAUUUAAGAAGAUAAAUUCUUUGGUUGAUGUUGGGGGAGGUCUCGGCUCUGCCUUGUCCAUUAUUGUCGACAAUCACAAACACAUUAGAGGAAUUAAUUUCGACUUGCCUUAUGUCAUUGCUUCUGCACUUCCUCUCGCUGGAGUACAACAUGUGAGUGGCAAUAUGUUUGAACACAUUCCAUCAGCUGAUGCAAUCUUUAUCAAGUGGGUUUUGCAUGAUUGGAGCGAUGAUGAUUGUGUAAGAGUGUUGAGACGGUGCUAUGAGGCUAUACCAGAAAAUGGAAAAGUUAUAAUUGUUGAUGCUCUUAUUGUUGAAGGAAAAAGAGAUGAAGAUAACAAAGAAAAUCUUCAAAGGGGAGUGGGCCUGGCAUUUGAUAUGGAAAUGAUGCUAUUCAGUACUGGUGGAAAGGAGCGAACAGAGAUGGAAUUUAAACAAAUUCUUAUCAAAGCGGGUUUCAAAAGCUACACCAUCUUCAAAUUGCCAUCUAUUCAAAACAUUAUUGAGGCUUCCAAGUUCUAAACCAAUAGAGUGUUUGUUCUAUAGCCACAUUAUUGUUUUUUAUGGUGGCCAGCAGAGUAAU